UUAUAUGGUGAGAAGGGGAAGUUACUUUGGCUUUUAAGGUCUCGGAUGUACUACUCCGAUGCCUUUCAUCCGCUAACAUGUCUACUGUAACCGCACCUGUGAUUGCAUGGAUAACCCUUCUCUGUUGGGCAGACUGUAGCCCCAUAUUGCACCAGCUGGAUGACCUGGCACCUACUGAAGUGGAAUUUCAUUCUCUGGACUUCAAAAAUGUCUUAUACUGGAAACAGCCACAUGAGGCUGCACAAAACCUGAAAUACUUUGUUCAGCAUAAAGUAUAUGGAGAUAAGGUGUGGACAAAUGCUGAACAUUGCCAAGGCAUCAAGUUGCUUCAUUGUGACCUGAGUCAAGAAACAUCAGAUCCUAGAGAAUGGUACUACGCAAGAGUCCAAUCUCUGUCUGCAGAGGGUCACUCAUCAUGGGUCAUCAGCUCCAGGUUUCAUCCUCACUGGGAUACCAGUUUUAGCCCACCGAAGAUACAGCCCAGUGUGACAGGACAGACCAUUACGGUUCGGAUCAGACCUCCGAGGACACCGCUGCAAGGACCAAAGGGCACUAAACUACGAGUGACCAAACUGCAGAAACUGCUAUUUAGGAUAUACCUAAUGCACAACGGUGUAGAAGAGGAAGUCCUUGAAACAGACAGUUGCUCCAAAGAGCUUGUGAUGCCGAGGCUACGUCCAAAAACAACCUACUGCCUACAGGCUAUGACCGUCAGCCCUCACACAGGCCGCAGAAGUGCACGGAGCUCCAGCACCUGCAUCAGCACACAUUGAGGGUUCACGGUCUCCCGCAGGGUGUCGCUGCUUCUGGACCUUUGUUAAACUUGAAAUAUUUACACACGCACACUACAUUGUGGAAUGUCUGCAGAUUCUUACAAAGGUCGCAAGAUCAAGGCUUGGUCUUUACUAAUUUAUUUUAAUGCUUAGGUGUGUAUUUUUGCCACUUUAGUGUCACAAAAGGGAACUGCAACAAUGUUUUGUCUUCCAUUUUUGUGGGGAUACUCAAAGAACACAGGAAUGUGAAAGGAAGCAGUCAGUGUUUCACUUAUGGGCAAACUCAGUUAUUUAUUGCUUAAACUCUUGCUUGUACUAUGAGAAGGUAUUUUUAAUAAAAAUAACAUAUUUCGGGGUGGUUUCCCGGACAGGGAUUAGCUUAAACCAGGACUAGGCCUUAGUUUAAUUAGGAAAUAUAACUAGUUUUAAUAAUUAUGCCUUACUAAAAUAUUACUUGUGUGCAUUUUGAGGCAAAACAAAAGUGCGAUGUAUUUUAAGAUAUGUCAGUGCAAGUUGUUUUCAGUUUGGACAGCUCUUACAUUUUAUUUAGUCUAGGACUAGUCUAAUCCAAAUCUGGGAAACCGACCCUUUAGGUUUAAGGCUAAUGACUGAAAACUAAUUUAUUUUAAUAAACAGAUUUAAGGCUGAUAAUUAAACAUGCACUGUAAAAAGAUUCCGUAGAAAUUACAGUAUUACUGGCAGCUGGUUGCCAGUAACUUACUGUAGAUUUAAAUUUAUGUUAAUUACCUGCAACAGUUUGUUCAAAGUUAAAUGAAAAUUAAACAUUAGCAAGUAUAGAAUAAAAAUAAAAUAACAACCUCAAGCAAAGCAUUCUGGGAAACAAAAUCUGAAGGAAAAAACAGAAAACGGUUGAUGAAGACUUGUUCAUGUUUAAUGUUCAUUUAACUUUGAACAAACUGUUGCCAGUAAAUAACAUAAAAUUUAAUUUACAGUAAGUUACUGGCAUCCAGCUGCCAGUAAUACUGUAAUUUCUACGGAAUCUUUUUACAGUGUGAGACAGAAAGGAUUUAUUACAGGUCAUCUUUCACAAAGAAUUUGUGGGUGGGGUAUGCCAGGACUUUUGUUACACCAUAUACAUAUAACACAUGACAGAAAACCAAUGCUUAAAUGUUGUAUAAAGGAUUUAUUGGUCAUCUGUAUACAGUAAAAUAAAAGAAUUCGAUAUGAUACGA